AUGUCGGGAUAUCCGGGCCAGGGCUACUACGGUGCCCAGCAGCAUCAGGGGGGAGGUGGUGGGUUCCACUCCGGCCAGGGACCCGGGUACGGAUAUGGCUACGGAAACUACGGCGGUCCUCCUCAGGGUCCUCCUCCGGGAUCGUACGGCCCGCCGCAGGGCAACUACGGCCCUCCUCAGGGCAACUACGGUCCGCCCCAGGGCAACUACGGCCCUCCUCAGGGUAAUUACGGCCCUCAAGGGGGCUACGGUCCUCCCCCGGGGCCUCGGCCGCCGUCCGGGCCUCCCCAGGGUUACAGCCACAGUCCGCAGCCGCAGUACGCGCGGCCUCCCCCGAGCGACCCCCCGCCUCCGGGCUACGACGCCUAUGGCUAUCCCAUACAGGGAGGCGACUACGCUUACCGCGCCCAGGCUGGUCCUCCGCCCCCGACGGCCCCCCAGCAGUUUGGCCACGGCGCUCCUCAGGGCUACACGUUCCAGUACUCCAACUGCACGGGCAAGCGGAAGGCGUUGCUCAUCGGCAUCAACUACUUUGGGCAAAAGGGAGAGCUGCGAGGCUGCAUCAACGAUGUCCACAACGUGUCCAACUUCUUGAUUGAGCGCUAUGGCUACAAGCGCGAGGACAUGGUCAUGUUGACCGACGACCAGCAAAAUCCCGUCAUGCGACCAACCAAGGAAAACAUGCUUCGUGCGAUGGACUGGCUUGUCAAGGGUGCCCAGCCCAACGACGCCUUGUUUUUCCACUACUCUGGUCAUGGCGGCCAGACAGAGGAUCUGGAUGGCGACGAGGACGACGGCUACGACGAAGUCAUCUACCCCGUCGACCACGACAAGAUGGGCCAUAUUGUCGACGACGAGAUCCACAUGCGGUUGGUGAAGCCGCUCCGGCCCGGCGUCCGCUUGACUGCGAUUUUUGAUUCCUGCCACUCGGCAACCGCCAUGGACCUGCCGUACGUCUACUCCACCAAGGGGGUGCUGAAGGAGCCCAACCUGGCCAAGGAAGCCGGCCAAGGCCUUCUCAGCGCCCUGGGAUCCUACGCCAGAGGCGACAUGGGCGGGGUCGCCAGCUCCAUCCUCGGCUUCGCCAAGUCGGCCUACAAAGGCGACGACGCCUACAACAAGACCAAGGACACGCGGACGUCCCCCGCAGACGUCGUCAUGUGGUCCGGAAGCAAGGACAGUCAGACGUCUGCCGACGCCACCAUUGCCAACCAGGCCACCGGCGCCAUGUCCUGGGCUUUCAUCACCGCCCUCCGAAAGAACCCCCAGCAGAGCUACGUGGAGCUUCUGAACAGCAUUCGGGAUGUUCUUGCUUCCAAGUACACCCAGAAGCCCCAGCUGUCCUGCAGCCACCCGUUGGAUACCAACCUCUUGUUUGUGAUGUAG